UUGUAUAUUAACUUAAUCUAUAUCAAAAUAGAAAAUGUCAUGUAUGAAGUCCAGUAAAUAACAUAUACGCGAUUAGGAUCGUAAUGUAAAAAAGUUUAUCUAGAGGAAGUUAGAGGAUGUUUGUAACGUCGUGUUUAUAAAAUUUGUUAUCGAUAUAAAUAAAAGAAAAAACGAUUUAAGUAACCACUAAUUCUUAGCGAUGAUCUCGUCGGUUGGAAUAGAAAAACAAAGGAUUCUCAAGCCUUACCUGGGUGGAUGGCGACAUAAAAUUACCGGAGUAGAAUAUGUAAAUGCAACUUCGCAGACCGGACCUUUGUCAAAGGGAGGACCCGUGAAGAAUGCAUAUAGCAGGGCGGUGCAAUGUGUGCAAACGAAUGACAGAGCAACACAAUCCUUGCGUCAUCGUGCGACGCAGAUGUGGCGAGAAGACUAUUAUGUACCUAACGAGGCGGAUAAAUACAAGACUGUAAAGUCUUAUGAGAGCUACGUUGACAUGCACUUGCGACUUAAUUUAGAUCGGCAUGCACGUGUAAUUCAGAGAAAUUAUCGAGCAUACAGAUGGAGGAAAUACAUCAAGGAAUGCGCGCAAGCUUAUCGUGACAUGGUUGAUAAAUGUAAAAGAUACGAAGAAGAGAAAGCUAUUGCAAACAAGUUGCGGCAUAAACAGAAUAUUCUUCGUCAAAUAUAUCCUCGAUCGAGAGCGGACUUUGACAUGCUUUAUAAUCUGGUCGAAGGAUGGAGGAUUGAUCGUUUAAAGGAUAUAAAGUCGCGGCUGUUCAAGGCGGGUCAGGGUGCCGAGAGUUGUAUGAUUUUAGAGAAAACGGUAGAGAUGCUCAAUCACAUCGAUAAACAUAAACAAGCGAUCAAGAGAUCAUAUCGGAAACAAAGGGUUCUCAGAUUUUUAACAGUGAAUUGCAAGCCGAUAAGAUGGAGCGGUUACAAGGGAAAAUUCGUGGAGAUGAUCACUAUAAAAAUUCAGAAGGCUCGGGAAUUCAGAGAAAUUUAUAACGCAUUGAACAAUCGCGAUGUUAGUUCGGAGGAACGGAUGAAAUUAUUGAUAACAUUGAGAAAGGCGGUUGAGAUGCACAAUUGUGUCGAGGCACUUGAUUUGUUGUCUUUGCUGGAUCAAGAAAUCGCGUUGUUGAAUCGAAAGAUUGAGGGUUUAUCGCUCGAUUAUUUAAACGAAAGGAUAACGCAUACUUACUUGAAUUUUGUAAGAAUGUAUGGAAUUUGCGGCUGCGAAUGUGUCACUAGGGAUUCUAAGGACAACGAAUUGCGCGAACCUUUAGAAACAGAAACUAAACUUUGCCGGAAUUGUUUAAAGCUUCUCCCCAUCCGUAGAUUUUUAAUACAUACUAGAAUGAAGAAGCUAUCAAUUUGCAAAAGCUGCAAUUCUCUAAGCCGACGUAAUAUUGCGCAUGUGGAUUACGAACCUUAUAUGUUUAUAUUAAAUUGCGUGCGAGCUGAGGAGGAACGUCGGGGCAGCGCUUCCGCUUUGGCAUUUAUGAUGCAAGAGCAAGAUAUUUAUCACUUGGUUAAUCACAUUUGGCAAGGUCAAUCGGCAGUCAGUAAGACUCGAGAUCUUUUUAUUCUGAGAAUGGUCAGAUAUCAGAAAGACGUCGAAUGGGCGCCUUGGAAUUGCAUUCUUCUGACGAAGGACGAAGCCGACAUGCAUUAUUACAUUGACGAUCUCGCUGCGAUAUAUUCGGAGCAUUUGAUAAGCCAGAUUGAUUUGAGACAUCAGAUUGCAAAGAAUUAUUUCAAACAGCUGAUUAUUUUCGAAAAAGAUUUCUGCGAAUCCUUUCGCUUCUCAAAGAUUCAAAAUGGGAUAGAGUACAAACCACCGGUAACCGUGGAGAAUUACGAGCCAUCUAAAAAAUACAAAUUAAGAGAAGGAAUUGUAUCACGCUAA